AGCGCCGUUCUAGUCGCAUUCGUGAGUUUCGACUGUUAGGAAGUGCGCGCGAAACGUGUGUUGUGGUGAGAGUGAUUUCCGCAGGAUGACCAACGAGGCUGGAAAGAUGGUUGAAAAACCAACCGAACCCGAAUUCGGACCGCGGGAAAGUUACCGAGUGGUGAAGAAUAUUGCAGUGCUAGGAUUUGCCUUCAUGAUCCAUUUUACGGCGUUCCACGGGACUUCGAAUCUGCAGAGUUCGGUGCAUAGUGACGGUUCCCUGGGGGCCUACACGUUGGCCGCUAUUUAUGGCUCGCUUAUACUGUCGAACAUCUUUCUACCGGUUAUGGUGAUCAGGUGGCUCGGAUGUAAAUGGACCAUCGUAGUAUCGUUUGUGGCUUAUAUGCCAUAUCUAGCGGGGCAGUUCUAUCCCCGCUUCUACACGCUGAUCCCAGCUGGACUGGCCGUUGGAUUCGGAGGUGGUCCACUGUGGUGUGCUAAAUGUACCUAUCUGUCGGUUAUUGCGGAAGCGUUCAGCAUCAUCAAGCAGCGGAAAGUGAAAGCGGAUUAUUUGAUCGUCAAGUUUUUCGGGUUGUUUUUUGUGUUCUAUCAGCUGGCCCAGGUUUUGGGUAAUUUGAUCUCCUUCUCGGUGCUAUCGUACGGCGAGGAGGAAGCGUUACCGACUAACAAUAACAGUUCAACUCGUGUGUUGAUCAACAUUUCGGAAACAUGUGGAGCCAAUUACGUUGCCCCGGUGGAUCGUAGGUUGAGCGAACCCCAGGAGGACCCGCUAAACUUCCAUCGGCCGGACGCGGUUAAGCUGAAUAUUUUGACCGGGAUCUUCCUAGGUUGUAUGGCCCUUGCCAGCCUGUCCGUUGCGAUUGGCGUCGAUUCUUUGAAGCGGUACAACACCACUCGAACCGGUUCGGGUGCAGGAGUUUCAGGCAUCCGAAUGCUCAUCAUCACGGCCAAACAGCUGACCAACAAGUAUCAACUGCUGCUUCUGCCAAUCACGAUGUUCAUCGGUGUCGAACAGGCGUUCAUUGCGGUCGACUUCACUGCGUCGUUUGUAGCCUGCGGACUCGGAAUUAGCUCCAUCGGAUACGCCAUGGUUAGCUUUGGGUUAGCGAAUACCUUCGCUGCUGCCGUCACGCCGUACAUCACCAAAACGAUCGGCCGCUUUCCGAUGAUUGUAGCGACGGCAGCUUUCCAUCUCGCGCUGCUCGUGUUUAUGUUGCUGUGGAAACCAACCGAUCAGUACUGGGCGUACUCGCUUAUCGUCGCUUGCUGGGGACUGGCGGAUGGCGUUUGGUUGAUACAAAUUAAUGCUUUGAGUGGUAUUCUGUUCCCCGGUAACGAGGAGGCUGCGUUUAGCAACUUCCGUCUGUGGGAGGCAACCGGUUCGGUGAUCAUGUACGCAACCAGUCCCGUUCUGUCGACAUUUACGAAACUGGUUUGCAUCAUGUGCAUCAUGCUGGUCGGAACCGUCGGGUACGCAAGCAUCGAGCUGAUGGAGUACCGCAUCAAAAAGGGAAUCGCCGGGAAGCGGUUUGAAAUGAUCAAUCGCGCUGAAUAGUGUCUGUCUGCUGCAGGCAGCGAACAAGUAUUACGAGUGCAAAUGUACAGUAUUGCGUUCUUGAACGCUGGACGAAAUAUUCAAUUCAAUGGAUAAUUCAAGUAUUAACUCAUGCUGUGUAUAAGUAGGAAAUGUUUAGGUUUAAGCUGAGCUCGUCGUGAAUAAAUGUUUCUGCACAAGUCA